AUGGAGGUGACGGCUGGGUUCGUCGUCGAAGGUGGUGGGCUAUGUUUUUGGGGGAGAGAAAGAGAGAGAGAGAGAGAGAGCCAACGGUGGUGGUUGGUUGGUGGUCUGGUGUUGCGUGGGUUGGGGGUGGGUGGAUAUGGUGGAUAUUGGUUAGGAUGGGCUGUUCUUUUUGAGAAUUGGAACAUUGGACAAACAGCCGCACCUAACCGCGGUUUAAGAGGUUGGGAAGUCAUCGACGAUGCAAAGACUAAGCUUGAAGCUGCAUGCCCCGGGGUGGUUUCCUGUGCGGAUAUUCUUGCUCCUGCUGCUCGUGAUUCUGUGGUUCUCACCAAGGGAUUCAGUUGGAAUGUGCCUACUGGAAGAAGAGAUGGAAGGGUUUCAUCGGCAUCUGAGACUUCCAAUUUGCCUGGCUUUAGAGACUCCGUUGAUGUACAAAAAGCCAAAUUCCAAGCAUUGGGUCUCAACACUCAAGAUCUUGUCACGCUUGUUGGUGGACACACCAUUGGCACUUCAGCUUGCCAAUUCUUUAGGUACAGAUUGUACAACUUCACUACAACUGGAAAUGGCGCUGACCCAAGCAUCAACCCUCUCUUCCUUUCUCAACUGCAAUCACUUUGCCCUCAAAAUGGCGACGCUACCAGGCGUGUUGAUCUGGACGUGGGCAGCGCAAAUCAGUUUGAUGCAACUUUCUUUAGAAAUUUGCAGAAUGGUCGCGGGAUACUUGAGUCGGAUCAGAAGUUAUGGACCGAUGCCUCCACUAAAAGUUUUGUUCAAGGCUUUCUGGGUGUGAGAGGAUUGCAAGCAUUGAAUUUCAAUGUAGAGUUCGGAAGGUCCAUGGUGAAGAUGAGUAAUAUCGGCGUCAAGUCUUCCACAAAUGGUGAAAUUCGCCGCAUUUGUUCUGCAAUUAACUGA